AUGCCUUUUCAAAUCUUUUCAAAGAAUUCACAAAAAUCUUCUGAUUCAAAAUCAUCAUUAUUAUCCAAGACAGAAUUCAAAAAACUUGAGAAAAACAUGAAGACUCUUUAUUUGACUGGAUUAUUCCAGAAAAACCAGGCAACCGCCAGGUUUAUUGCCAAAUACCAAAAGGCAAAAUUAAAUUCCACCUAUCCAUUCUCAAUGAAUGAAUUCUUGAAAUCCAUUUAUAACGAGACACCACAAGACCAGAUACCCGUGCAAAUUCACAAAUUGUUCGUUCAAAUUGCCAUGAAUGAAGACAUAGAUAGCUACCAUCCAGUUCCCGCUGAAAAUACAAAUAAAUCAUCAAUCGACUUAGAAUCAUCUUUUGCCAAUACCGUCACUGUUCAUACUGCUUCUACAUCUGCCAAUGCUGUUGAUGAUGAAACUACCACUAUUGCUGUUGUUCCUGAUGUUAUUUUUGCUGAAACUACCACUACUGCUGUUGUUCCUGUUGUUGUUGCUGCUGAAUCUGCCAGUACUGUUGUUGUUCCUGAUGCUGUUUUUGCUGAAAGUACCACUAAUGUUGUUGUUCCUGAUGUUGUUGCUGCUACUCCUGUUGUUAUUCCUACUGGUGCUGCUCCCACUAGUACAACCACUAUUACUCCUCCCAUUGCUGCUACUACUGCCACCAAAACAAUCUUGCUUUCAUCUAAUACAAUUUUAUUUUCAGCGGACGAUGAGGACCCAGAAGAUGAAGAAGAAUUCGACUUUCAAGCCAUACAUAAUACCACAACUUCAUUUAAGUCUAAACUUUUUAACACCUGGUACAAAACCAAGAUUCGUUCGAAGGCGUUUAGAAUCAAGAGUGUCAAACAAAUCAAGAAAUUGUUCACGUUCUUUU